AGAGGUUUGAAGUGUGGGGAAGAAGAGUUGGCGGCUGGAGAGGAAAGAAGAGGUGAAAAGAAAAGGAAGACGGUCUGGAAUAAUGGCGGGCGCUAGCAUAGCGUUUCUUGACAUUUCCGUGCCAACGGAUCGAAUUUGAAAUAACGAAAAAUCGUGGAGGAGUAUCGUAACGAACAUCGAGAGUUCUUGUUGAUCGACUUCCAUUGGCCAUCGGUCUAUAUAGAGUCGGUUGUCGUCUCUGUAUGCUCGACUCUAUCGAGCCGCCAUGUUACCGUGCCCAUACCGUGUCGUAUCGUAUCGUGUCGUGUACGUUAAGUGCCACUUUCGGUGUCGUAUCGAUGUCGCGUCUGGAAAACGUUGAAACGAUCCAGCGUAUGUUCCCUUUCUCGCAAAGCUAGCGGAAACAGCAAGCGGAAAUGGUCGACGCCGCUUUCGUAAGCUAACCUUUAUCGUACAGGUGAACUGUGAAGUAUGCGAGGCGUCGAUUGAAUUGACGUGUGUCGCGCUCGUGGAGGACGGUCGGCUGCUAUUUCUUCUUCGAACCUAAGUCGAGAGAAAAAGUCACCGUAAUCGAUGUGCCAGAGUGAUCGAAAUACGUGCAGUGUAUCGUUUAGGUUCCUAGUGGUGUCUUGAAUGCCAAAUGUUCCGUUUGCGAUUCGUGUGCCUGCCGUGGAAGGUAUUUAAUUAAACAGUGAUUUGGCUGAUCGGUCGUUCAGGCAAAGAGGACUAUGCCAUCGAAAAAGAGGCUCGUAGGCCGCCGAAAAAUUGUUUACGGCGAGAGUACUAUACCACGAACGCGUUAAAAAACGCCUCGUUUUUCGGUUCAUCCGCGUACACCUGGCGUCGAUGAACUUUCUAUUAAAGAGAAGAAAAACAAAGAAACGAGUGCAAUUUCAUAGGACAAGUUAAUUUAUCGCUGCAUCACGGAAGACGACAAAGUAAUCACGGAGGCGCUGCUAGCACUCGAUGCGCGACACUUCCUACUAAAGGGGACGGCACGAUGGCUGAGGACCGAAAUAAUUCCCAAGGGUUCGUUGGGCAGGCGCACACGGUAGAACACGGUGGUGCGAAUUCAGCCCCUGCACCGUCAGUGUCAGCAGCGGCGACGGGAACUGGGGGAUCCGUCGGCGUCGGAGCUGGAACCGUAGCAAAGAUUGGCAGCACUCGACGAAACGAUUCACCGCCACGUGGCCCGCGAACUUUGUUGUUGCGCCGCAGCGACAAUGGUUUCGGUUUCACCCUCCGUCACUUCAUCGUCUAUCCUCCCGAGUCUUGUUGCAUGUUGCCUGGACACGAGCGAACGAGGAUCGAAGAGCCGAUGGACACGAUAUUCGUGAAACAAGUGCGAGGAAAUUCGCCUGCAGCGGAAGCAGGAUUGCGCACAGGCGACCGAGUAGUUUCCGUGGACGGCAAGCCAACCCGUGGCGAACAGUACGCGAAAGUGGUUCAACGUAUCCAGCAGGCUGGACCCUGGCUGCGACUUCUCGUGGUCUCCAAAGAGGACGACAUUUUGCAGCGAUACUUUGGCGAGACUGCUCACAACCCCGAAACGAAUCAACGACCACGGUUGCGUUCGCCUGAAAGAAGCACUCAGAAGCAACGCAGGUCUAUCAGUAUGUUUCCAGGAUUGUCGCCGCGAACAAGGCAGUCCUGGGUAUGUUCCGCGCCAAGUUCCAUCCAGCAAUCCGAAUCCGAUCGACCCAUCGACGACUCGGUCUCUUAUAGAGAUCAGGACGCUCGAUCCAACGAAUUGUCCAAAGAAAAUCAGCAGUCUCGCUCGAACGGCAACGGGCAAUCCCAGUUGCAGUCGACGAGAAGCGGAACAUAUCGUUGCAAAUCCUUUCAAGAGGCGCCUGGUCGUUACGAGUCCAUCGACGAAAAAGUCCGAUUACGAAGCCAACAACAAACGUCCACGGAAGAUGGUUCGAACGCGAUCCAGUCGGAUAGGGGAUACGAUAAAUACGACAUAUACGAUAGAACGCGUCCAGAAUCAAUUUAUUCUAGAAAUAAUAGUGAUCAGAUUUACGACAGGAUCAAGGACCCGAUAUAUGAGCGGGUUAGGCUCGGGGAGUCGACUCGUGGGAACGUGGAAGAGCAUCGUCACCAAUAUCAGCAGCAACAGUAUUACCAACCUCAUCAUCAUCAUCAUCAUCAGCAGCAGCAGCAGCAGCAGCAGCACUCGAACUUGACGGGAUACCCUUUGUCUCGAGCGGAACCCCAGGUGCCCAUUUACCGUCCCGCUUCGAGAAGAGUGGCCUCCCGUCGUGCCAGCGAGGGCAGCACCGGUAGCUGGACGAUGAACAACUUCGAAGCAGCGAGUUACGCGAGCACGGACGCCCUCAGAUCCUGCGAUCUCGGUUCCAGGUUCAGCAUCGACUCCAGAAGAGAUUCGUCUCCUAUACGCAACGAGAGCGCGCCUUCCUACGACUCCACCUCCAUUCUUCUCGAGAAUGGAACGAACGGGAGCAGAAAUGGAAACCCUAGCGGAUUUAGAAACGGGAACUCUGGUAUCGACGACUCUGUAAUCAUGACGAGGCUACGCAAGAGUUUCGAGCAGAAGGAAGAAUUUCUGCGAAGGCCAAGCCAUCCUAUCGGCUGGUUUCUAUCGGACGAUAGAUCAGAGUCUCCCAUUCGCACCAACGAUGCGACCGCGAUCCCGAGGGAGUUUUACGCGAGGCCGCAGAAGCUUCAGAAGCAAAUAUGGCCGCCAAAUGAGGCGAAACAGGAUCAACAGUGCCCGAGACAAGUUCAGGAUAGAAGUUUCUCCGGGAAGCAGACAUUGGACAAACUAUCUACCGGUAGGAACGAACAGAGACUCAAGACUGACGUAGCUGCCGAAGGCGAACCAGAGUAUUCGAGCCCUCGACACGAUUUCAUCGAUGAAGCUUCCAACGCUCGCUCGCUGGACGACGCGCAGACCGUGGCGGAUAGACUGUGUUGCUCUCCGUCUGUUUACGACGAUCGUCGCGAUAAGGAAACGGAUAGACACCAGCAACAAUCGUAUCGAAGCUCGGGUAGCAAGUCCAGCUUCGUCGGUACUCUGUCCCGGAUACACGAGAACAUUAGCAGCGCCGCGGCGUUGCUCUCCAGCGAACGACAGUCGCAAGAGGCGAGAAACGGCGCUUCGUCUCUCCCUUCUUCUCCAGGACCCGACAAGAAAACUAGCGACAAGUUGCCAGCGCUCCCGCAGGGUCUUCAGAUCGUAUCCAAGCGCGCCAAACAGUUCGAGUCAGGACGUCUGCUCAGCGACGACGACGAACCCACCGGGGAUCGCACCAGCUUGUACAAGAGCGAACUCUCGAGAUUAUCUAACAAGCGCAGUGUGCCUAACGUCGCCGUACGAAAGAGAGAAUUCGAAUCGAAGGCUGAGGCUCAAGAACCGAGGAGAAUACCAGUACCUACUAGGGAAACCAAGUCUUUGGAUACUGGUAAUGGAUUAAAGGGAAACAGAGUAAUACCUGUAGGCAGCAGACGCAUCCACUGUGAACCGCCGAUCGACAGUAAACCGCUCGAAGAAACGUCGAGUUCGAGGAUCACGGACAACGAUACUGUGCGGCCAAGAAUUCGCAGCAACAGCGCGGAAUCUUGGGAAUCGGCGAGCUGUAAUUCACAGGCCAGUAGACAUCGAUGGCCACAGAGGCAAGCAGACACCGAUAGAGAGCAGAGCGAGAUCGAGAAUGAGAAUGAGAAUGAGAAUGAGAACGAAAACGAAAACGAGAAUGAGAACACUUAUGCCAGUGCGAGCUCUGCUGUCGACGAGAAAAGUGCCGAAAGAGGGACCAGAAGACAAGAUGGUACAAUCACGGACAAUGGUAUGCACAGUAACGGAGUUGUGUUCAGACGGCAGAAGAACGCACAGAUUGCGGACGAAGAUCGUGCCACGAGAAGGAUAUCGUACUUGAAGGCAACGUGGGCCGAACGAAUGCACGUCGACAGCGAGUUGGAGUCGAGCGAUUCCGAGCCUAUUCACACACCCAGGAGCUUUUAUAAGAAGUGGCGGCUACCGCUGUUUCCAAACGAUAUAGCAUCGCUGCGACGCAUCUUCGAGGACAUGACUCAGUCUGCAUCCUUAAACAGAAAUAUCUAUCGUAGCAGCACGUGCACUGGUCUGGAGGCAGCGAGCAUCGUGAAAGAUGUCGUCGAGCAAGUCGAGCGGGAGGGUCCUCUGCAUGUCAAAUUCACAGUGCUGGAUGGCAAACGAUCUUCCGACCGUUCGUGGAAACAAGUAUGGGGCGUUCUUCGUGGACCGAUUCUCUUUUUUUUUAAGGAUCGUCAAAAUCAGAGUCCUUCGUUGGCCAACGACGGCGACAACGUAGCCCAAAGCGUAGAUGUGAGAUGUUCCUUGGUGGACGUUGCGGAAGAUUAUACAAAACGCAAACACGUGUUGCGAUUGGCGAAUCCCAGUGCAGAGGUCCUUCUGCAAACGGAAGACGCGCCGUCCAUGGCACUUUGGUUACGCUCGCUGCACGAGCAUGCUGCUGCCGAAAAGCCAUCCGAGAUCGCGUACAAUAGCACUUUGAAACAGCAAGCUGUCCCGCAAACUCCAGGUCCUACUAGCAGUAGUUCCGGCGCGUAUCAAACCAUUGCCAAUUCCAGUAGUACGAUGAUAGUGCCAAGCAGUGGCGCAGGGCAAAGAUUGAGUCCUCUUCCAGGACACAAAGGUAUCAAGAAGUUAACUUCGUUCAGGAAUAGAUCCCCGACGGGUCAGUCGCCUAUAAACAAGACCCGGAAGCCGAGUCAAACGGUCGAGAGCUUCGUUUCCCCGAAGACGAAGACGUGGAAAGGCAGAGUCGCGAAACAACUUCGAAGAAUGCACGGUCAAACUGGAUCCCCUUCUUCCCCGACGACGCAGCUGCCGCCGGAAGGUGCUACUUUCAAAGUGCCUCUGGAACUGUGUCCACCGUCAUCUUUUUCGGAGUACGUACCGUUGAUCGUCGAAAUGUGUACAAGUAUAGUCGAAGCGAGAGGACUCGAGGUAGUGGGUAUUUAUAGAGUACCUGGAAACACCGCCGCCAUUUCCCAUUUGACCGAUAGCGUUAACAAAGGUUUGGAGAAUAUCAAUCUGCAGGAUCCAAGAUGGAGCGACGUGAACGUAAUAUCUUCUCUGCUCAAGUCCUUCUUUCGGCAACUUCCGGAUUCGUUGCUCACGGCUGAGUUGUAUCCCAUGUUUAUCGACGCCGAUAAAGUCGAAGACCCGCAGAGAAGAAUGACGACGAUACGAAAGCUGCUCAGAGACCUUCCAGAGUACCACUUUGAAACUCUGAAAUAUCUCAUGUUCCAUCUGAAGAGGAUAGUCGAGCACAGCGAAAUCAACAAAAUGGAAGCCAAGAAUUUAGCCAUCGUGUUUGGACCUACAUUAGUGAGAGCAAGCGGUUCCAGAGACAAUAUGGUCACCAUGGUUACCGACAUGUCGCACCAAUGUCGAAUCGUCGAAAGCUUGCUGAAUAACGUGGAUUGGUUCUUUUCGGACGACGAUUUAGACGAUCUGAGUAGACUAAGCGUCAAUCUUAGCCUUCCGGCUGACAAUAACGAGAUCGAUACGAACUCGAGCAAUAAUCACAAUCUGUUGUUAAACAACAUUCAAAAAGUCGAAGGAGUUCGCGAAAUGGCGUCUGCCAAGGACAUCGUGUCGUCCAUUAUAUCCGCUGCCAAUCGUAAAAUACAAAGAAGAAGGAAAGGCCAAGAUGAAACGGACAACGAAGGUCACGAGAUCGAGAAGCUGAAAGCGAAGCAAGAAGCGGAAAGUUUGCCGAACCGACGAAGCAUGGCACUGAACGAGCGGCAGUGUUCAGUCAGCGAGAUCGUUUUGAUGCACGAAAACAAAAGUCAGUCUAAUCGUUCCACCGAUAGAUCCCCAACGAUAGACGACCCCGCGAUAGGCAACGUGGUCGCUGCUGGCGAUUGCGCGGACAAUAUGACCGGCAUAGUGAACAGCAACGACGACAGCAUGGGCUUCGAAAGGUCGAUCAAGUAUCUGAACCCUCCGAUGGACUCGGUUCAAUCGGCUCGUUGCUCGGCCGUCUCGUCGGCUUCGGAGUCGUCGCGACUCUCUAGCGAGACUGGCUUGAGCUGCUUCGACGCGAGUUCGACGCUCUCGAGCGCUUCGAAUGACACCAAGCAGAGCAACGACGAGGUCACCAUCAGAACGUACGCUGGACUGAGCGCCACCACCCAAGAACGUAUACGAAGGUUCGAGCAGGAAACGAAGGCGAUGCUGCAGAGGGAUCAGAACCGUCAGAGACGCGAAGCUGAGAAACUGGAAGAAGAACGACGGAGAAUCGAAAUGGAAUGGCAGCUGGCGAAACGUGAGAUGGAAAAUGAUGAUCUACUGGAUAGUAUAGUGGACACUACCGUAACACCGAAUUAUCUUGCAUCGACCGGUCGACUUUCAGCGUUUAACGACAGGCUUCCUGAUCAAUCUUACUUGGACAUCGGGCCUCGAUCGACCGCGCGAAUACCACCUCUGUCGAUAGCCGUACAACAACAACCCACGUCGGUUAGGAGAGUCGCUCAACACACAGACGAAUCUCCUCCCGCGAUUCUGGCCCCGGUGAACGUCACGAGCACUGUUAUCAAGAAAUUGAAGACUGAAAAAGAGUCGACACUGGAACCUUUGUCGUUGCCUCCCAUUCGUUACGGCAGUUUGGACUCUCUGCACGAAACACACGAUGCUUCUCAAUUAUCGGUGUCUCCGCCAGCAACCCAUCAACAGCGAAAACCACUCUCCAGCGACGUUUCGGAUGAUGCCGGAUCUUGUUUUCUGCAAUGGACUCAGAAGAUUCUGACUAUUAACAAAAAGCUUUCUAGGCAAACGGCAAGUCCCGGUUUCUGGUGGUACAUAUCGUCCCACCUACACGGUACAGGAGACCCCGCUGGUCCCACCUCGAAGACACCGGGCCCAUCGUCCAUGCCGAUGCCAAUACCAAUGCCAAUACCGAUGCAGAUGCGAAUGCCAAUGCCAGGGCGAAUGCAAGUGCCAGGGUCAGUGUCAGACGCGGCCGACGUCGAUGUCGCGCAACGAUCAUCGACACCGUACUCGAGAGUACCGGCCUCGCAGCCCUCCGAACUCUCUGAGUCUAACGAGCCCGUCGAGCAAUCACCGCGAGGGCUGCAAUCAGGCUCAGGGGCCGGAUUGUCUUCCAAGACUUUAAACAGAUUCCUUCGAGGUAGCGAUCUGUUGACCAGUUUGACGACUACCUUUGAUCGUAAGUGGAGAUCGUUGGUAAACUCGUCGAAUCAAACGGCUCGUGGAUCCACCACGGAGAACGCGUCUCUCAGCGACGAGGACCUAGCUGUGACGAGAGACUCUCCAAGCUCGCGACACGUUCGAGGUUCGCGAGAGGAAAAGGACGAACGAAAAACUGCGGCCGCUGCUCAACUUGUGGAUUCCGGCUUGGUAGAAACCUAUCGGGACCCGAGUCUUCAUAAGUCGAACCUCGAGAAACAUCAACACGUUCGUCGAAAAAAUGAUGCUCCAGAAAAGGACACGGAUUCGUCGGUAGGGGAAAAUAGCAAUGCCGAUCGACUGGAUGUCGAUAUACCGGACAACGAUCGUAGCGCUAUCGUGCGACGGAAGAUCGAAUCGGAUCAACUGCGAUCGAACAAGGAAUCUAUCGAGCCAAGUUUGGAAUCAAACGACACGCAAGGAUGCUGUAGAAUCGCGGCUGAAAGGGACGCAUCCGUGCAAAACGGCAAAUCGGACGACGCGAAAGACGCGACCAAUUACUCGAACAAGUUGGAAAAGUUCGAAAGUCUGACGACAAAUUUGGAAGUCAGAUCGCGGCUAAAGAGAUCCGAGUCUCUGAACAAGAGAUCGGAAAACACUUGCUCGAAAUUGAAGAGAUCAGAAAGCUUGAAUAAGCAUUCCGCCGAGCGACUAUCGUCUCCGACCAGUGGCAAGCUAAAACGAUCCGAGAGUUUGAACAAACAUUCGGAGAGAUCUGACUCUCCUAACAGUAAGCUGAAGAGGUCCGAGUCACUGACGAAAACUGAGAAGACCGAGUGUAACAUUAGCAAGAGGCGACAAUCGGUUAGGAAGGACAGCGCGACGAAAUUGAAGCGGAAAAACGGUAUGCCCGAACGAUCGAUCAAACGCAGACACACCGUGGGCGGUACCAAGGAUUUCGACAAAGUGCACUGGUUGGACAACAAGUUACAAGUCGAGGCGGAAAGGGUGGUUAGGAACGAGUACAGACCGAAGAAGAGUCAGCUCAGAACAAGCUCUCCGGAUCUUAGUACUGGGUGCAUCGGCGGCCUCGCUGAUGCCAGCUUUCUAAUCGAGGUCAGCUUUCGUGGUCCGAGCAACGUUGUCUUCAACGUGACCAACGCUCGGCCGCAGUCUCUACCGGAUACCAGCUUGGCUUCCAAAGUUUUCAAAGUACCACUCGAGAGUCACGUUUAAUUGCAUGCGCGAACAAACGGUCGCGACGAACCUCGAGAACCCUGCGCGGUGAACAUUUUAUUUUAUCCUUUCUCUUUUUCACGAAGCAUUUAUGUCCCCUUGCGCUUAUGUCGAUAGCGCGUCAAUUACUUAUGCAUCCGUACUCAUUAUUAGCUCAUGAAUUGUGAUCGUGUGCAAUUAAUAUGUGUAUAUAAUGUCCGUAGAUUGUAUAACAGGCGAACAAUCCGGAUAUCGACGGAGUUUGUAUUUUUUAAUAACCGACUAGAAGAGAUUUAGAGGUAGCCGCGCGUGGCUACCUGUCUCUACGUAUUUUAGGUGUAUACGUAAGGUAACGGCGAUACGUGAACCACACGUUCGUUUCGUUCGUGUGUCCUACGGCGAAUGAUUUUCUUUUUAUCUAAAUAAUCGCAGUUGACCGCAUUCUCUGCGUACUCUACGUUCUGGGUAUCGAGAUCGUAUUCGUCGAUCGAGAAACUGUAAUCACGUGAGUCGUAUCAUAGGCCUGACAAUCGAUUUUUCUUAUUCCUUGUAAACGCUACGUGCGUGCGUGCGUGCGUGCGUACGUCUAAUUGAAUGCGACCACGGGCCGAUGAUUAAACGAUAUUUAUUUUAAAUUCUUAACAAGCAUGAUAACGUUAUUUAUUGAAUGUGCCGAGCGUCCUGUGAUGAAGGAGCUUUCGCAUUGCGUACUACGGGCACGGAUACCGAAUUUGUAAAUAAAUCUUAUAUAUUGCUAAUUUAAAGAAACGUUUAGUACGUUACCUCUACCUCUUCCGUCCAUUUUUUUCAGGUAUUUUAUUCUAUACACACGUGGAAGAUUACUUAUUAAAAAAAGAUUUAUUCGAUAGAAUGUUCUUACUAGCUGCUGAAGCAAAUUACGGUUAUUGAGUCUG